UGGUCAGCAGAUGGCUUUGUAUUACAAAAGUUAGUUCUUGUGAAUAGCACUAGGUGCUGUGGGAAAUGUCCGGCAGCCGACAGCGUUAGUUUUGAGUUUCUUAGUUUCUGUUCAAAGUCUUUUGAAGAUUUCUUUACGUCAAAAAUAGUAGUUAAAUUCAUUUCUACCAUGCCAAAAUACUAUUGCGACUAUUGCGAUACUUAUUUAACUCAUGAUUCGCCUUCGGUACGAAAAACACAUUGUUCUGGAAGAAAGCACAAAGAGAAUGUAAAAUUUUACUACCAAAAAUGGAUGGAAGAUCAAGCUCAAAGUCUGAUUGACGCAACCAUUGAAGCAUACAAGAAAGGAAUUAUGAAAGGUGGUGCUGCCAUGCCACCUCCUGGAAAUCUGAACUUACCUGGAAUGCCACCAAGACCACCAGGACCAGGACCACAAAUGAUGGGUCCAGGAGGUCCUAUGAUGGGAGGUCCACCAGGUGGACCAAUGAUGGGUCCUGGAGGUCCAAUGGGUAUGCCUGGUGGUCCACGUCCACCAAUGGGCCAGAUGGGACCAGGAGGACCAAUGAAUCCUAUGGGUCCUAUGAUGAUGGGCCCUGGUCCAGGGGGACCAAUGCACCAUAUGAUGAUGAGACCAGGAAUGCCUGGAAUGCCAGGGAUGCCUGGUAUGCAACAGGGAAUGCAACCUGGUAUGCCAGGAAGACCACAAGCUCCUCAAGCACCUGGAACUCAAGCAACAUGAUUUUUCAUUGUAUUGACAUAACAUUUCAUUAAACAUAAUUUUUUCCCAACAUCGUUUCUAACAUGUAUUGCCUCAAUGUCUUUCUGACGAACACGUAUAGUUACACAUACACAUGAAACUAAG